UCCGGUAGCCGGUGUUCAGUACCCGUUAGCUUAACGCAGGUGGGGGGGAAACAGCGAGCGAAGCCACCGUCAAUCAGGUUGUAAAGUGCAACAAAAUGAAAGCUGUCGAUUAACUUUGCGUUUUUACUACCGCACAGACACGGAGACACUUUGCUGGAUAAAGCAUUAUCUUGUCAUUUGUCUGCUUGGAAAGAUCCAGCGGGCUAAAUUGACAGCCGUCGGGCCUCGUCGUCGUGGCCCAGCAGGACUCGAGUGAAGUUGGGAGCGGACUGCCAAACUUCUGCUUCCUCCAGCGGCUGUCCGCAGGGCCCGGGGCUCCUGUCACCGGCCCUGUGGAUGAGGAAGUGAAUACAGAUCAACCAACCACCAGGAGAAAGGAAUCCCUUUGAUGGGAGAAUCCUCUUUCCUGGCCUCCUGGGUCAAUCGCCGUGCCAUGAUGAUGGAUGAGCAGGAGGCGCUGCACUCGAUCAUGCAGGACUUGGCCGAACUGCACCGCUCCAGCCGUCCUGCCAUGUUCCUGUCGGACCUGGGCAAACCCAAAGCCUCCUCGCCCAAGAACCAGAACGAUGUCAGAGUGAAGUUCGAGUUCAAAGGGGAGAAGAGGAUCUUGCAGUUCCCUCGACCUGUCAAGCUGGACAACCUGAGGUCGAAAGCUAAAGUGGCUUUCGGUCAGACGAUGGACCUUCACUACACCAACAAUGAGUUGGUGAUUCCUCUGACCACUCAGGACGACCUAGACAAGGCCGUGGAGCUGCUGGAUCGCAGCGUUCACAUGAAGAGCCUGAAGAUCCUCCUGGUGCUCCAGUUCUCCUCUCAGAACUCUUCCUCCAAUAUGGACCUCUUGCCGUCCCACGAGGAGCUGGACAACACGGGAUUCAGGGUCACUGACAAGAGUAUGCUGGCUUUGAUAGGCUCCCAUUCGACGGACCGCAGCUCCCCUCCUCCAGGAUACAUUCCUGAUGCGCUCCAGCAGGUGGCGAGGAAUGGCUCCUUCACCAGCAUCAACAGCGAGGGAGAGUUCAUUCCUGAGAGCAUGGACCAGAUGCUGGACCCGCUGUCCAUGAGCAGUCCAGAAAACUCAGCGUCUGGAAGUUGUCCCUCUUUAGACAGCCCACUGGACAGUGACUACCCGAAGUCCAGGAUGCCCCGAGCACAGAGCUACCCAGACAACCACCAGGACUUUCCAGAGUACGACCUCCCAGUGUUUGAGAAGUCAGGGAAAGGUGGAACGUACCCUCGGCGAUACGGCAUUCCCUUCGGCCUUCAAGAUUACAGUGAUGGGAGGAAGACCUUCCCUCGGGCUCGGCGAACGCAGGUUCACAGCUUCCGCUCGCCGGUCAGCUUCAGCCCGACCGAGCAGUCGCCCAGCACCAGCAGCGGCAGCAGCGUCUUCACCCCCGACCUAGAGGAGGUCCCGGGGCCCGCCAGGAGGCCGCGGAGGGGCAGCGAUAUUGAACCCAAUCCCAACCCAUCUGCCGCGCCAACCCUGUCUGUAAUGGACAUCAGCCCACCCAGCCGCUCUCCACGCGCUCCAACCAACUGGCGGCUAGGAAAGCUCCUGGGUCAGGGGGCCUUCGGACGGGUUUUUCUCUGUUAUGAUGCCGAUACUGGACGGGAACUGGCGGUCAAACAGGUCCAGUUUGACCCGGAGAGUCCGGAGACCAGCAAGGAGGUGAGCGCGUUGGAGUGUGAAAUCCAGCUCCUGAAGAAUUUGUGCAACGAGCGGAUCGUCCAGUAUUACGGCUGUCUGCGGGACACAAUGGAGCGAACGCUCUCCAUCUUCAUGGAGUACAUGCCUGGCGGCUCCAUUAAGGACCAGCUGAAGUCGUACGGAGCACUGACGGAAAACGUGACGCGCCGCUACACCCGGCAGAUCCUGGAGGGGGUGUCCUACCUGCACAGCAACAUGAUUGUCCACAGAGACAUCAAAGGGGCCAACAUCCUUCGUGACUCGGUGGGUAACGUGAAGCUGGGAGACUUUGGGGCCAGCCGGCGGCUGCAGACCAUCUGUCUGUCAGGAACAGGCAUCAUGUCUGUGACCGGCACCCCCUACUGGAUGAGCCCAGAAGUGAUCAGUGGAGAGGGCUACGGCAGGAAGGCUGACAUCUGGAGCGUUGGCUGCACCGUGGUGGAGAUGCUCACGCAGCGACCCCCGUGGGCCGAGUUUGAGGCCAUGGCAGCCAUCUUUAAGAUUGCCACCCAGCCCACCAACCCUGUGCUGCCCGCCCACGUGUCGGACCACUGCCGAGAGUUCCUCAAACGGAUCUUUGUAGAGACUAAGCAGCGGCCGUCUGCUGAUGAGCUGCUGAGGCACAUCUUUGUACAUUAACCCCUCUGACCCCGCCCCCUCCACCUCCACGCUGAAACCAUAUUGGACCAGGAGGAACUGGCUGGAAGAAGGUGGGGUGUGUAGGCGGGGAGGGGGGGGAGCGUACCUGCUCCCCCUGUCUCUGUUUGUAUGAGACUGCCAUAGAGGACAUGAAUUUUUAUUUUAUUUUUCUCUGCAAGUUGCACCUUAAUUUCUCAAACAAGGAGGGGUUGAGCACCACUUCCUCCUGAAGCGAUGAAAAACGACUCUUUGAAAACGUCUCCUUUUUUAUGUUUGUACGGUUUCUCUCUUCAAACGUUCUGGAGUGGGAUAGUGUCGGCGUUGCGGACCUACAGGAGGUGAUGCCUGACUCUCGAGUGCCCCCAUCUCGCUGACCCGACCCCAGAAUGUAGUCUCCUGCCAAAACCCAGAGCGAUAGUGAUGACCUGGGCCCGCUGCUAUAGACGAAACUAAAUCCCAGAUGGAGAGAACACUCCCCGAAAACAGUUUCCACUCACCUGCCCUCAUCCCUCAUCCCUCGUCCUUUUCCUCUCCGUCUUUCUGAUCUCUCAGACGAAAUGUUUUGUCUCUCUGCUUUACUGUCUGUAAACCACCCUCUUCCCUCCUCUUCCUCCUCGUUCUUAGCCGUGUGCCUUUUCUGUUUUUAAACGCAGCGUAAGAGUGAGUCUUGAGUUCAUGGAUCGUCCCCAUUGUUCUUAGCCGCAAGGGUUCUCAGUGUCGUGUUGCCUCCCGGAUGAACUGCCUUUGCACUGUUAGCCCAAAUCCAGCUGAUCUCCAUUCAGCCGUUAUGUCCGUUUCUGCCUUUUCUGUAACAGACUCCUGGUGUUGAGCAGGGAGCAUCCUGAUCUCACCUCAGCUCGUUCGGUUUGUUUGCCUGCUCUACCUGCUGGUAACCAAAUAUCCUUCAGGCUUUCUGUUUGGGAACAACUUGCCGUGCUGGUUCUCAGACAGGAUUGGUACUCCUGCUUCAGUCUUCAGUCAGAGUUGGCAACAGUGUCCAGAUGAUUUGAUUUUCUCUUCAAAUGCACCCUUUACUGCUUCUCGGAGUAUUCGCUGACCAGAUUGGUCGAACUCUUGUCAUGGCAGAUCAGAGGUGGAUAAGCUGUGAGGUCGUUGCCACCAGAAAGUCAGUUUACUGUUGAUAAAUGUUGGCAUUGACUGGUACAUUACUGGUACUCGUGCAUUCGUUUUAGCAGCUCACUUUCUGGAAAUGUACAAACUGAUGGCUGACUGGUGAGCAGAAUAUUUCAUUUCAAUCACUGGAUGUAAACUGAAGUGUGUAAUGAACUAGUCCCCAUCAGUUUACGUUCUCCUGAAAAGCAGCCGAAUGACAAGUCAUUCUGCACAAACCACGCAGAAGCCAUGCAAGAACUAAACUGUAUAUAAAAUACAGCGCUAAAUCAGUUAGAGCUAAAAAUUUAGUAGAUUAAUGUAUUAGUCGACUGACAGAAAAUUAAUCUGCAACAGUUGUGAUAAUCCAAGAACAUCUUUUGGACGAAAACUUGUACAGUUUUCAGUUAAACAAUCGAAAUGUAUGGUCAGAUUAACUGAUAAUGAAAGUGAUCGCUAGUUGCAGCCGUAAAAUCAACAGAAUUAUUAUUUAAGUCAGGUAACAUCUGCUCAGUGUUUCUGCGUCGACGCUGCGAACACGAUUCAGUAGUUACUCGGACGAUGUCGAGGUUUUAUACGGAAACUUUCUGCCAUGACACCAGUUACGUACUCGAAGCGGUGAGGCAGGAGAGGUGUGUUUUGAAGAGUGUCGACCUGCUGCAAGGCAAGAAGCUCGCAGCUGAUUGGCCAGAGGUCCUGCUGUAUGACGCUGUCCCACUGUUGUAAGUUUUAGGGUCGGGCUUGAAGAGCUAUAAGCCCGGACAUUUCAGUUGUGUCUCACUAGCUGCUCAUCAUUGAACCAACAGGUACAUUUACAGGUAACGUGUCAUUUCAUUUGCUCCACUGCUGCAAUCGGUACCUUUAUGUUUUCCAGCCAAGGCAUCACUGUGCCAUAUCGGAGCGCUCUUGUUGCGUCAGCGGUCUUGUUUUAUUGUUUUUUUUUUUGCCUCACAUGCACUCCUACAGAUUGGAUUCACACUUGAAGACGUUUACAGUAUCUCACAGCUUCGUUCCUUCGCAACAGUCAGCGCUGCUGUCGCCAAAUCAAACGCAUCAAAGUUAACUCGUCACUUUAGCCGAACCACAAAACGCUCCGUUCAUCGCGUGCCGCGUCCUGCUUGGCUCACGUUGUGGUUUCCUCCCGGGCCGAGCGUCCGUAACGUCUGUCUGUCGAAUAUGACGGAUACAUAGAGGUUGUUCAUAGCACCGGCUCCAUAACUAUGCACCAGUACGCUGUAAACCCACUGCACACGCCGGACGGCAGGAUUACGUUUCGUCAACCGGCGACGCCUCGGCUGAUGUUGACCGCUCGUCCUGGUCUUUUUUUGGAGGAGGAGUAGUGAUCUUUGUGGGCAGCUCUGUCAGCAGCCAGUCAUGUCCCACCGAAACCGAACACUUACAUGCACACUAGUGACUCUGUUUAACCCGAUUAAUGCAAUACUCGUCAACUUUUAAAUGUAGUUUAGGCACGUACCAGCUGCAGAAACCCAAAUAAUGUACUUACAAAGCAAACAGAGCAGAUAAGUAAUGAGCUGAUUAUUAAACAAAUCCAUAUACAGAGAUGUCUAUACUUUAAAGCACUUAAGUGUUAAUCUGACACAGUAAUCCGAGUCUUGGUGUGUAUGUAAGUGUCUGCUGGAUUGCACAUAACACAGCAGAGCUGCAGCUGCGCGUUUAAUGAAAGUAAUAAUACGAUUUAAACAGCUUUUCUCCUGUGUGUAUUUAGGCAAAAUCAGACAGGAGUGAAUCCAGUGAAGCGCAGCAAGCUGGAGUGUUUAUGCAGAGCAGGUGGCUUUAAUGGCGAGCCGUUUCUGCUAUUAAAGGUGCAAUCAGUAAUAUUUUAACCGCUCUUUGCACAAAUUAACCGGAAUAUGCUGAAUGUUUCACUUCAGUUACUUUAUUUUUUGUUGUGAUUUCUAAAGAAGUUGGGUUUGAACUCCCAGACCCCUCUCAACUACCCACCGAGCACUUGUUGGUUCAGUUUCUCCAUGUUCGUUUCUGUUGAGUGGAUUCAGCCUUAUUUAUUCUGACUAGUUUUAACUGGUAGCUCAGGUGGCUCCACCUCACGUGAUUGGUUUACUACUUGAUGGGGACAUGGAUACGUGCUAUUAUGGAAUUUAAUAGUGGUGCAUAGAAAGGUGUCAAAUGGUACGUGAAAUGUACGGCACGAUACAUAAUGCAGUUUUGGUAAUAAUUUCCUAAAAAAAAUUCCAAUAUGUUUCCUGGACAGAGCCGCGUAGUUUGGUACUAAUGUAAUUAAAGGGAAAAUAGCGAGAGUUCUCAGUUGGUAUACUUGCAGUUAAUGAAUUCCUGAGAGUCCACAGCAGGUCAGCUGCAAAAUGUGUUAAUUGCCCACAUUUCAACAUAUAUGGAGAAUUAAGUUUCCAAUAUAUGAAUAAAUAGUAAAUAAUUCUUUGUAGGAAAUGAUUUUCCGUGUCUGAUGCUGCUGUUGUAGUUCCCUGCAGCGGCCACUAGAUGCCACUGAAGAGACACAUUUUACUGAUUGCACCGUGGCCUCGUUAACCCUUUGCUCAUCAAUCUUUUACUGAUUCGUGAAGGUCAGUUUGAUGAUUUUAUUGUCACGAAUCGACCCACACCGAACCUUUAUCACAGUUCAUGAUUUUCUCUAAAGGCACUUGUUAAACUUGUCUGACAGAGUCAGACUCUCGCUGCUUUGUGAUACAUUUCAAUCAUGUGAUGAGUUGAGAGAUCCACACGGGUUGUGGAAACUUCUCUUUUUUUUGUCCGGGUAACUGAAACUAACUCCUCAAUUUAUGCAUUUUCAAAACGGUACGCAUCCAAACAAAGCUACAGAAAAGAAAAAUUCUUGAUUGAAUUAGCCUCGUGUUAUGAAAACAGUUGUAGUAUUGAGUUUGAGGCGGCUUACAUUAAACUGUCUGAAUCAGAUGUGAAAGCCGCCAGCACUGGUAAACCUUGAUACGCACUACCAUUAUGCACUAUCUGAUUCACUGAUGCUUUCUCACGACCCCUCGUCGGCUGUCGCUCACGCAGCUCGGUUCAGCGACCUUUUGUUUGCACAUUUUAAAGACUGUUUUUAACUUUUAUUUUAAGUGUGAUUGUGAGCGGAUGUGUGUGUGUGUGUGUGUGUGUGUUUUGAGCGAUGACUCAAUACAUGAAUGUAAUGUCUCUCUUUUAUUUUUUAUUUUUUAACCGUCAGAUGGCCUCGUUCACCACCGUGGAUUAACUCUUCCGUACCAGUAUUUGUCACCUGCAAACGCCAAGAUAGACCUGUAGUUCUCUCUCUAGUGUCUAAAGCCACUGCUGCCACUCUUGGACGUGUGUGUGUGUGUGUGUGUGUGUGUGUGUGUGUGUGUGUGUGUGUGUGUUUGAGUUUGUAAUGUGCAUUUACUGCAAUUUGUGCUCUUUGGACACUGCGCCUGAAAUGCCUCAAGCAUUCUGACUGUAGGUGGUGAAAUAAAAUAACAAUAAUAAUAAUAAAAAAUAAAAAAAAAUAAAUCAUGUACAAAUGUAUAAAAUGAAAAUGUACCCUUUUUAAAAAAAACCAAACAAAAAAACAAACAAAAAAACACUUAUAUCCCACAUGUUUGGUCUCUGUGUAUUGUAAAAGAAGCCAUGUUUAUAAUUCUAAUUGGUUUGUGACCAAUACGCCUGUUUAUAUCAGAUCUGUAUAUCAGUGGUACGCAUAAUUUUUUAAUAUAUAUUUUUUAUUUUACUUUUUUUUUUUUUUAAAUGGGAGAUUUUAUGCAUGGUUGGGUCCUGAGAGACGCAGCGGUGCCGUUGAAUGGUUGCUGUUUUUGGGCAAAAUUCUGGAGAAUUGCGACAGCUCUGUGUUCAUAAUUACAACAAUUAUGACGAUGAAAACAAUAAAAGAUAUUUAUUUCACA